AUGUACUUUCUGUCUUUGACAUUAGCAGCCUCGGUCUUCUUUUCGCUGGCUCCAGUUAUCAUUGCUGCGCCGCAUCCAACUGUACCGGUUGGCAAGUCUAUCGCCCUCGUGCGCCGGCCAAAGCAACAGCGCGACCUUGCCGAACAGGGCUCCCACGCGCAGAGAAGACGACUCGCUUUGGAGGCUAAGUAUGGAAUUGGCAGCUACAAGAACAAGAAGCGGGAGAGCGGGAAUAAUUUACUGGUCAAUCAGGACGCCGACUCCGAUUUCUACGGCUCAAUAGCUGUCGGAACGCCUCCCGUCUCCUACAACGUGAUCCUUGACACUGGUUCAUCAGAUCUAUGGCUCGCCAGUGCCACCACCACUGGCGCUGUCUCGAACGUGCCCAGCGGGGUACCCACAUUCGAGCCGUCCAAGUCAUCAACUUUUCAAUCGCUUAAUCAAUCGUUUCAGAUCCAGUAUGACUCGGGUGCGGCGCAGGGUGUACUAGCCAAAGAUACCGUGCAGAUGGCUGGUUUCGAGGUAGCAGGGCAGGAAUUCGCGGUAGUCUCUGAGGUGUCUCAGGGUCUGCUGAACGCACCUGUAUCCGGGCUUAUGGGCAUGGCAUGGCAGCAGAUCGCGUCGUCGGGUGCGACUCCGUUCUGGGAGACGCUCGAGCAGACGAGUGGUUCGCUUUCGGAGCCGCUUAUGGCGUUUCAGCUCACUCGUUUCGGAAAUGACACGAAUGCACGCCAGCUGGAGCCCGGAGGAACAUUCACCCUCGGCGGCGUCGACUCCAGUCUCUUUACCGGCAACAUUGACUACCAGGAUAUUCCUAGUGGAGAAAUUGGCUACUGGAUCCAGGAACUGAGCGGCCUUACAUCGCAGGGUCAGGCUGUUUCCUUGGAGAACGGAUCUGCAUCGUACGCUGCCAUCGAUACGGGCACGACCCUUGUCGGUGGACCCGCGUCUGCUAUUGCUGGUAUCUUCGCCGCAAUUCCUGGUAGCGCACCGGGCACUGGGCAGUAUGAGAACUAUUACACCUAUCCUUGCUCGACCUCGGUGAACGUGACGCUCAAGUUCGGCUCGAGUUCGAUCGCGUGGCCAGUUUCGAACGCAGACUUCAUGCUUGAGCAAAUCUCCUCGGACACGUGUCUGGGCGCGUUCUUCGUUGUGGACAACUCGGGAACCAGCGCGCCAGCAUGGAUCGUCGGGGACACGUUCCUUAAAAAUGUGUAUACGGUUUUCAGUGCAUCACCCCCGUCUGUUGGCUUUGCGCAGUUGUCGAGCACUGCGUCGGCUAUGAAUGGCGUGAACGCAGCGGUGCCCUCGCCUACCAUCGGCUCAGUGACUGGAGCCGUGAGCGCGACGGGCGUGAGCCCGAACCAGGACCCGGUCAGCAAUGGUGCCAGUCCUUCACAUGAUAGCAUGAGUGUGCUGUUGUUACUUGUGGUUGGCACCGUUGUCGGCUGUCUUGUUUGA